UGUUUUACUUGCCGAUAAGGUUAAUCUCUAUGGGGUAGACACAUGCGUUCCGGACGUUUAAAUCAACCCUGUCUAAUGAAGUCCAAAUUCUGUACCUGUUCCCUAGUUCCAAGUGGACAUAAGAACCGUAUUGAUAACUAACACACUUCUUCAAAUAUGAUUGAUAUACUACGGAUGUACACCACUCGACAUUUGAAUCUCUCAAACUUCCUGCAAGGCCUCGAUCACCCAAAUUUGCAAUCUGCUUUCAGCCAAGAUCAUAUACACCAAAGAUGUCACUCAGCCCUCCAGGAACUGCACAUACUCUAGGUUCUAAUGGCAUCAGACGAUAUCGUAGGACGACAGCCUGUACGACAUGUCGUGGUAGAAGAGUAAGUAUUUUUUCUCAACCACGGUUAUGCAUUGUGCUGAUUUGUCAAUUCUAGGUGAAGUGUAGCCGUGAGAGGCCAUCUUGCAAACAGUGUAGAAAAGGAGGACGAUCCUGUAAAUAUUUGAACAGUGAAAUACCAGAAUUCGAGUUCAUUGAGGUGAAUGUGCCGAGGAUUUCUGCUGCUAAAACACCAUCACCUGAUGUAUUGAACCCAAUCGUCAAGAGAAAAUUUGAGAUCAAACUACAAGCAACUAAUCUACCAGUGCGUGGAGUGGCUCAAAUACCGUCGUCUCAUUCUCUCCAAAAGACUCCUAUAAAUUACAUCGAUACUACUUUCGAUCGACCCAUAAGGAAUAUAGCCCUUACUCUUAGGGAAUGGGGCGAUGAUUUUAUCUCCUAUUUCCGGACUCAACUUCCGGCACGGGAAGUUUGCGACCAUUUUUUGGACAUUUUUCUCGAAAUACAAUCUACAGUGCCUAUAUGCCAUAUCGAUACUCUCAGAGAUGACUACGCCAACCUCUGGACCGAUACUCCUCCUGACACUCCCGUCGAAUCUGCACUACUCAUGUUGGCUGUUUUACAUUGCGGGGCUGCCAAUUCUACCAUAAAUAUUUCACAAUCGUCGACACUACACGAUCUAUACGAACAGCUGCUGGACAUAGUUGCUCUCCCAACAUAUCAGAUACACCGAAGAUCAUCGGCCAUUAAGCUCCUACAAGCGUACCUUCUUGUAAAUACAUUUCGAGCACGCACGUUAUCCUCACCAUUCGCAUACGGGUUUUUGUCCCCUGCAAUUCGAAUCGCCCACUCAUUAUAUCUUCAUUCCGAGAAACCAUACCAUACUUUUGAAGUUCAAAAUGAAGUUGAGAAGAGAAUUUGGUGGCAUUUGUUGUUUUUAGAUCUUCAAUCAACGAUCGCGACAGGUGCACGUUCAUUAAUACCUAGAAAUGGGUACACAACCAGUAUUUCUUUACCUAUAGACAAAAUUGUCGGCCAUGCCCCAAACCAAAGUCCAACUUUGCCAAUGAUAAUUGCCUUUCAAGGUCAAUGUCAGUGGGUACAUCAUAUGCGAAAUUGGAUUAGAGAUAUGCCAAAUCAAGAGGAUUUGAUUCUCUUUGUCAAAACGAUGGAGAAUCUUCGAGAUAUAUUGCCAGAAGGAAACGUAGAAAACGUAGGACCACGUGCAUAUCUAAAUUUGUUGAUUGAUGAAACCUAUUGCCUGCUUGGCUUGAACUUCUGUGAAGCAAGGCAAUUAGAGGACACUAGGUGGCGCCACAACAUUGUCAGGUUUGUUAUUAUCAAAAUUGCCUUUUUUGGUGUCUCCACUAACAUACUUAUCCCAGAGCUGCAUGUUCAUUUCUUCAAAAUUACCUCUAUCUAUCCAAUGCAUCUUGUGAAGCAAAAUUUGGAUGGGUUAUUCCUGGUCUUAUACAACCUCACCACGCUCUUUUUAUCCUCCUAAUGUAUCUCAGCUCUUGCGCUUCCUCAGAUGCCGAUGCUAAAUUAUCAAAGUCACUCCUGGACAAAAUUUUCAAUACUCAACUAUCUACCCAUGGAUUUGUUGCCGGCCACGCCAGUUCCGAGCCAUCAAAGUUUGCUCACUCUAGCUCUGCUUCUCCUAUAUCCCACGGGUCAUACGGUUGCCCUCGUCAAGAUGUGCUUGUCCUCCUGUAUAGGAAAAUCCAAGCUAAAUCUAGCACGAUCACAUCAAUAACAACAUCUUCUCGCCUCUCCUCUCCAAGCAUAGCAGUCCUACCACAGCCGGGAAAUCUAGUUCCUCGGGGACUAAAUAAUAACGUAAUGUCCGUUGAGAACCCCGCAAAUAAGAGCGAAGGAGCUAAAUGGAUGGAAUUGGUUACAGGGAAGGACGUGGAGGACUGUGCUAUGGAUAGAGAGUUGGAUGAUAUCAUGAGAGGUGGGGAAGAUGUUUGGGAUAAAUGGGAAAGAUUGAUAGAGACGGUUUUCAAGUGCUGAAAAUCGCUGAACUAUGGGUAAUUUGGGGACGGGUGAAGGAUAUUUGUGACUAUCGCGUAACUUGGGGUUUACCUAGGCUAGGUCUAGCAGAAUCAUAUAGUCGAUGUAUCAAAUUCCAUCUAAUAUUAUC